AAGCUUGCGUCCCAAGUCAGCCUGUCUCGUUCCCAAGAGAAUCCAUGGGAGCUGUUUCAGAAGUCGUACCCUGUCCUUGAUGUGCCCGCCAUGCUCAGCCAUAUCCGGGGAGAGCUGCUUGUCGAUGUAGGGUUUUGCUUUGUUCCACGGGCACCAAAUCCGAUGGUCGGCCUAUGGCGCCUUGAUGCGCUCAAGGCAUUGUACGGGCGAGGUGGCUACAGCCAGGGCACCAUGCACACGGGCAACACCCUCGCUCGCUACAGCGGUAUGCAGGCCGAGAUGCUCCAGGCAAGGGCAGAGCGCACCCACAUCGCCUUUCAAUCCUCGUACAAUCUCUAUUACGAGGCAACACGCACACAUGACAACCGUCCCAUCUUUGCAACGGACAGUGAUGCCUACAAUCUCAACGAGCCAUGGUCCACGGACUGCAACCGUCUUCUGGAGCUCUAUAAAGGGUCUGCGCCAUCAAACUUGUAUGGAGUGCGCGAUGAGUACCGCAUUGGAGGCAGAGUGGUUGAGCAGCUCAUGACGUCGUGUAGGGAGAUGGCAAACACCUUCAUCCUAUCCCAGCCCAUUCUGUGGGUCACAUCCGACCUAUGGUUCAGAUGGCUGUCUCGCCGUCUGGAUGAGCUCAUGGCUGUUCAAAUGUCUCUCUACCGCACACGGCCUACAAACUAUGGUCGCAUCACUGGCGUGCUGACCCAUCUCAUCUGCUCCGUCGAGACCAUGCCUAUCAUUGUUCCAGGGCAUGUCCUGCGCUCCCUCGGCGACCUCCAGAUGCGCCAAAAUCGGUCCCAGUUUGGCAUGAUGUUUCUCCACAACCUGAACAUGACCUCGCCAGAGCUCGCCCUUAUGGACAUCGAGGACUUUGACAGCCAAGAUGUCCUUGCCGCUCUCAAGAUUCAAAAGAAGUUCAACCCUUGCACCAACCCCGUGAACUCUGGUCCCUCGAUCGCAUAUCCACUCGGCGAGUAUCCGACCUGGAAUGCAGUCCAGACUGCAGUCCGAGACGAGCCCUGGAAUAUCAUCUGGCAGUAUGACAUGCAGUACCUCCCUCUGCUCAUCAUUGUCCGUCGCGCAUUCCAGUCCUUUACUGCGCAGAUGUGGGACAUGCUAAACGAGAUCUACUUCACGUCGAGAGGCGAACCGGAAGUGAACACUCUGGAACAGGCAAUGAAGGCAUGGUCAUUGGGCACCGUCUUUGACUCAAUUACAAAAGUCAGCUGGGAUGCCAUCAACACAGGAUGCUGGAAAAACAUCCGUGGCCCGAAAGAGGUGUCUUUCAAGGACAGGGUCAAGAUGUACUUUCCCGAGAGCCAGGAGAUUGCCUCCAAUUCCGCCACACUCCGCCCCUUCUACCUCCUCAGGACAGGCUACCUCUCCCGCUUUUGGUGUGACAUAGCGGAGCUUGACGAAGAAGAGCAUCAAGACGUGUAUGACGAGCUGGGUGAGAUCUUCACGAGUAUUCAGUGUCUUCCAGCUACUCGUAUCAGCCGUAACGAUGGGGCCAUUCUUCUGGGAAAUACGUGGCAAACCAUGAACGGCUCCAUACGCAUUAUCAUGAACCCUGCGCACUACAUGAUCAAGGGUAUUGGCGAGGAGCGGAAUGCUCGCAGAGCACAGCGG